AUGUGCAAAACUAUUCCCCGAGGUAAAACUAAACACUAUCGAGUGUUACUAUUCCCCGAGGCAAGACUAAACAUUAUCGAGUGUUUUGUUAUUCCCCGAGGCAAAACUAAACACUAUCGAGUGUUUUGGUUUAGACAACUUGAGAAACUGAAAAGAAAGAGGGAGGCUUUUCGCAACACUGCUGAUCAGACUGGAAGAACGGAAGAC